AUGACGAGUGGGAAUGGACGGAAGCCCCUUAUGAGCUUCCUACGACUACGAACGACCAUUCAAGAACAGCUACAGAUUGAAGAAGCCCUUUUUCGUGUCGAGUCGCAGCGUAAUUGGUUUAUUUACAACGAUGAACAUGCACCAGCGACAAUUGUUAUGGGCAUUUCAGGCAAACCAGACCAAUUGUUGCAUCAGAAUGCCGUGAAACGAGACAAGAUUCCCGUACUCAAGCGUUUUAGUGGUGGUGGCACUGUCAUUGUCGAUCACAAUACGAUCUUCACUACCUUUAUCUGUAAACAGGAAGACUUUCCAAAGGUUAAGCCAUUUCCACGAGAUAUCAUGACUUGGUCACAACAAGUCUUUGCACCUUUCUUUUCGCGGAUCUGUCACAAAGACUUGAAAUUCUCGCUACGAGAGGAUGACUACGUCUUUAACGACCGCAAAUUUGGCGGGAAUGCUCAAAGUUUGUCGAGAGGGCGCUGGCUGCACCAUACCUCGUUCUUAUGGGACUUUGACCCAAAGAACAUGGAGUAUUUGACUAAUCCAGCACGCCAGCCAAAGUAUCGCCAGCAGCGAAGCCAUCACGAGUUUCUGUGUCCAUUAAAGGAUGUACUAAGGAAGGAAUGGGCGAAUCGUGAAAAGUUCGAGAGCGAGCUUUAUGCAGAACUGACGCAUCUUUUUGAGGUUGAAAACGUCGAGCUUGACGACAUCAAACAUUUUCUGGAAAAAGAGCAUCGAAAGUCCACCCGCUUUCUAGAGCUGUAG